UUUCUCUAGAUGGUGAAUAUGAAUUGUGGGAUAAAGAAGUCGAUGCACAUUCUUGAAAUAAUCUGGUCUUAAAGACGAAAAUGGUUUGCCCAUUGGGACAUGUAUUCAAAACUCAUGCAGUGUUUGGGAAGCGCAAAGGUUUUGGUGAGCAUGUCACAGCUGGAACUUGAUUCUUUAAACAUUUUGUUAUUUUCUUAAUUUUCCUUUGGGAUUUGUAUUCCAAGUUCAAGCAUAGGGAAGCUCAAAGGAUUGUGACUCUUGUGGUUUCAUUAUUCUCAUUUACUGUCUGAUAAAAACCCUCUUGAGAUUCGUAACUGCUGGUUCUUCAAUAUAUAGAGGCGCAUCUUCUUGUUCACGUCUUCAUAGCCUAAUAUCUAAAUUCUCAGUUACUGCUCUUCCUUGUUUUGCUCUUACUCGUUUCCUUAACCUACAAUGGCAAGAAGUGCGAAGUUUAGCUUGAAACUUCUCGUUGAUGAGAAGAAAAACAAAGUUGUGUUAGCUGAGGCUGGUCAUGAUUUUGUUGAUGUGCUCUUUGGUCUCUUGACACUCCCAAUGGGGACUAUUGCAAGAUUGCUGGAGAAUCAUCAGAAGUUACCACAAGUCUUAGGUUGUUACAAGAAUCUUAAACAAAGUGUUUCAGAUAUGGUCAUUGAUGAUUUCGAGACCGAGGCUUGCAAGAGUAUGUUGCUUUCUCCAAAGAGUUCGAAGGAGAUCCAUUGCAGAAGACUCAAGUUGAACAUUGAUGAUACUGCGGCCACAACGUUCUAUGUAUGCUCUAAAUUGUAUGAGAGCGACUCAUGUAAGGUAUACAGCAAUUUUUACAACUCAAGAUGUAGCUGUGGAUCUUUGAUGAGCUAUUCGGUUCAGGUUCCAGAAGACGCGCAAGUUCUAGAGUUGUUAGGGAAUGCUGUAGAUGGUGUGUUUGUUAGCUGUAGAUCCUCUUUCAUUGUCACAAAUGAUUUGAAAGUGAUGUUGAACUCUAUUGAUGAAAUAGUGAAGGUGGUCAAUGGCCUAGGAUAUCCAAAUUUAAAUGAGCUGCAGGAAAUGCUCAUUGAUGUUGGCUCUGAAGAGGUGCUGUCUCUACUGGGGAAUUUAUUCACUUCCGAGUCUGCCUUGACAAGCACAUUCCUCAUGAAACAGAGCAUGACAACGAUGCUUCCAUUGCCGCCUCCACCAAUGUUCAAAACUGGAACAGUAGAACAGGGCAGUGGAUGCCAUAUGAAAGUGUUCGUUGGAAAGUUAGACAGGAAGAUUCUUUAUGCUGAGUGCAGUGAAGACUUCAUUGAUUCUCUUCUCACUUUUCUUGUUCUCCCUCUUGAGUCGGCGUCUUCGCUCUCCAAUGACAAUACCAUUUUUGGAUGUGUCAAGAAUUUGUGCAGAUGUGGGUAUAGAAGACAGUUUACUUACAAUCUUGGUCUUCCAGGCUAUUAUACUUGCAGUAAGAAACUGCUUGAGAUUGCCAGUUGCCCUUCACUAGCAUAUGAAUGUUUAAUUCCCCAUAAGUGUUACUCUUCUUCGCUUUUGAAAUGUGCCAGAUGGUUUGAAAGAUCUUUGCUUGGAAAAGGGGAUAAAGUUGUUACUUUGAAUCCUAUUGAUCCAAAGAAUUUCAAGUCUUGCACUUCAAUGAUAGUUGAUAAAGGGUUUGUGAAGAGAAAUACCAAAUUCAUCGUCUCUGAUGACCUGCUUAUCACUCCAAUGAACAAAUUUUCAACCAUUGGCCUGUUAAAGAAGAUGCAGAUUAACAUGAACGACUUCGAGGCUCAAUCGAUUUGCAUUUACAAAGCAGAGGUUUGCUCAUUCUAUAUUUUAUGUUGGUAUUGAUUCUUCUUUAUAGCCUUUUUGCAUCAGCUUAAAUAUUGUGAA